UAUAGUAAAUAAUACUGAUAACAUAACAAAUUGGAAAAAAGUGUCUGUAUUAUUUAUUUUUUUAAAUACAAUUUUAGUUAAAAUGGCAUAAUGGAGCCAACAAAUCAGGAAGAGCACGGGCUAAACACUCAGGAUGCUUUGAAUAAGCUUUAUAUCGAAAUUGAGUCUGUUUUACAACAGUUUAAUCAGUCCAGGAAAUCAAGAAAAUCAAAAAAAUGGGCAUGGAUAAAAGAUACUCUUAGUUCCACAAGCAGGUACACCACAAUUAAUUGGAUCUCAGCCACCUUCCAGCUUUGGGCUUCAUUGGCUUUAAUUCUUGGUUACUGGAUGGAUGGUGAUAAUGUUGAAUUAUAUGAGGCAUUUAUCAUCUUCGUUUUAUUAAUUAUUAACUUAUCCGUUGAGCUGUAUGACAAUAAAUUAAGACAUAAUGAGAUUCCUAGACGCGUUCAGAUGGUCCUUGACAAGAUGAAGAAGGAAAUUAAUUAUGUUGACUGGAAAGCAGAUAACUACCCAAACCUUUUUACGCCAUAUUCACCUUGCAUUACUUUACAAUGGACGUAUAGGGAUGGCAAACUUGUUAACUUACCAUGGGCACUUUUAGUCAAGGAUGAUAUUAUUCUAGUGAGACCGGGACAAAUAAGUCCCGGGUACUGCGAAGCCCUAGAUAAGCACAAUGAAUAUCCAAUAUUACAUGCCAAGGAAAUCUUCGCCCCAUCCCUACAAAAUGCCAACGAAAUGUUUAGUGCUCCAAAAUCUAGAAAACCUUUGGAAGCAAAGAAAUAUAGGUUAUUAGAAACGCCUUAUUUAUAUAACUUAAAAUUGUCGUUAGAAGAGGCCUUGGAUAGGCCGGUAACACAGCACAAUCAGCAAAGAUAUUUUGUGAUGGUACGGGUGAUAGAAUGUAUAGUUUUACCUACUCUUUUUAUUACGGUCUUUAGUGCAAACAUGUUCAGAUACUUUUAUUUCCGACAGUACUUGGGACAAUAUUCAGUAGCCAACAUAUUUUUUAUUAGUCCUAGUAAUGCCAUACUUCCACUUCUUCCUAUAAUAUUUCCUUUAGUAUGGAAUAUAUCGAAUUAUGUGGGAAUGGCAAGAUUUAAAACAAUCUUUGACGCAACCAGAAUGUUUCAAAAUAAAUACAAUCCAUUAGAAGAGGAUACCGACACCCAAACAGAUUUUGCAGAAGAACAUGCGUUCAGUUGGAAAGAAAUGUACAAAAAUUUCUUAGAUAUUUGCAAAGGAAAGCCGGAAAUUUUGUGCAGAACUGUAAAUAUAUUGCAUGUACUGGGAUCUGUCUCUGCAUUAGCUUGUGUGGACAAAAAAGGAAUUCUCUCUUGGCCCAAUCCCACUGCUGAAAAAGUUUUUUUUCUGCACAACAACACCAAAGAUAGUGAAGGUUCUGAAACCAGUCUAAACAACCUAAACGAGCUGAACGCAGACCAAUCAGAACCCUUAGGAAACCUCCAUUUUGGUCCAGACAGCCCGGUUUCUGCAUCUGCUGAAGUAUUAGACCUUACACACAACCAUUAUGAUCCAUUCCGGCUAAGGUUUGACGACAAAGACUGGCAGAAGUUUUUGCCUAAUUUAAAACCACUCGGAUUGGCCAUUUUAUUGAAUACGUGUCAUAUUGAUACACAGGAGCAUUACUCAAACUUUUGCUCGCACAUCUCCUGCGAAGCAAUGUAUAACGAGCAUUUAGUUCCUGUAACCAACCGAAGGUGUCUGUGCGAGUUGGCUAAAGAAAUUGGGUUUUUAGAUCAAGCACAGAAAAUAUUUCAACUGGAGCAGCAGUUAAGCGUGUUUAGGCAUUUGCAACCCGAAAUGGUCAGAAGGGAUAACAAAUAUGCCAGAACGUUGCAGUUAUCUACUAAGCUGAAAUUUCCCUUUCCACAUGCUUUUGCUGUGGUUGUGAAAGAAUUGUGUAGCGGCAAUAUGCAACUUUUAAGUGAGGGCACUGCAGAUAUUAUCCUGGACUGUUGUGUAGAUUACUGGGAUGGAAUUGAUUUAUGUCCUUUGACUCAUUCUGAUCGAAAGAAAAUACAAGACUUUUAUCAGAGAAGUAGUUUGACUGCCUAUUGUACAGCAUUCGCUUAUAGGCCAUUAUCAAAAUCUGUCAGCAGUAAUUUAAGCGAAGUAUAUCUAGAGCUGCCCAGUGACAGCAGACAUCUGUAUAUGAAUCACAGAAGCCCGACGCCCGUACAUUGGGACUGCAAAAGUGUUUUGGAACCAAAAAUUAAAAAUGCACAGUUUUUUAGUACAGAUUCUCUGUUGUAUAACGACUAUCCCGUAGGAAAUAAUAUAUCGGACACUGAGAACUGUUUUCAGAUGCAAUGCAAUCAAAUCUUUAUUGGUAUGGUUACAAUGCAAUAUCAAGCCUUGACCGACAUGGUUCAACUAAUAGAGCAAUUAGAAAGAGCCUGUAUUCGUUUCGUCCACUUCAGCAAAGAAAAUGAGCUGAGAUCGCGAGAUUUUAGCGAGAAAAUGGGCUUGGAAAGUGGGUGGAACUGCCACAUUUCUUUGUUAAGUGACCGGAAUAGGAGAGAAAGUGCAACGCAACAAGUUAGUUUGGAGUCCUCACCGGCUGGUAAAGGGCGCAUCCAGGAACAGUCCCAAGUUGGUAGUGGAGAAAAGUCGGUUCUGAUAGAUAGCAACCUAGAGUCUUCACGCACCAUGAGCUUUUCCGCACCGAGUGCUAUAAAUCUUGACCACUCCGUAGUGAAAUUCGACACUGAAGUGGAGAAGUUUCACGUGAGACGUCAGAGCGAGAACCACGACGAAGUAACUAGUCAGGACAGUGUACCAGUACAUGCGGAUAGCACUACACACGAUUGGCAGUCGCUCAGUUGUUUAACUGAUAGUACUGAACAGAGCGCUCCGAUUAAUUUUGAUAUGAGUAAUAGAGCCAAAUUGCCUCGUGGAAUAGAUAAAAUUCGACCUCAUAUAGAACUGAUCGAUAAUGUUCCCCUGUUGGUAUCCCUGUUUACUGACUGCACUCCCACGGCGACCAGGGAAAUGCUGAAAAUUAUGCAAGACUACCGGGAAGUAGUUUGUAUUUUGGGUUCUUCUCAAAACUGUGAUAACGCUGGGAUUUUUAUGCAGGCGGAUGCAGCGAUUUCAGUAGAACCGCUUUAUCCUCAAGUAUGUCAAAAAAUGGAAGUUUACAGGAAAAUAAACUGCUUUAGCCCGACUGACUUAUCGUGCCUAUUGAACUCGAUAGCGUGCUCCUUGACUAUUAAUAGAUCAGAUCCCAUUUCCAUAUAUCAUCUCAUUUUAGAGGCGAGGAAUUUUGGGCAGACUUUGUGGAGCUCAGUUCAGUACUGGUUAUGUUGCUGUGUUAUUCUUAGCCUGAUGCAAGUCGCCGCUGUGAUUCUUAUGCUCCCUGAGUUAAUGACAACCGGUCACAAUUUAUGGCUGGCUGGUGUGGUGGCUCCUGCCAUUAGUAUUGCCCUGUCUAUGAACCCCGUAGAUCCCGACGUCAUGAAGAAACCUCAGGGGAAGAUCCAGGCUGAAUUUAGGUGGGAUAAUACAGUUUUUAUUUUAUGGUGCUACGGUAUCAAGUUCCUACCGACUGUCAUCACAGUCUUAAUUUGCUAUGCUGGCGUUCUAGCUAGCCAUUGCCAACAAAUGUGUUCUGAACCAUUGACAGACUUGGGGCCUUGCAGGUGCGUUUUUUUCUACACGCCUACUGCCUACAGAAAUAUAUCGGGAGGAGCUGAUGUAGGCGGCUUCGAAGAAGGAAGUUGGACGUUGUUGACUUCUAGACUAAUUGUUAUAUUUAUUGUGUUACUACAUUUUGUUGUUAUUUCUGCCGGAUUUGUACAUAGAGAUAGACUGUUCUACAGGAAAUGGCCCCACAGCAAUCUGAUCUGGCUCGGAACGGUUUUUGUUCUAGUGUUUUUCCAAAGCAUAUACACCAUAAUCACUUAUCAGUACUUCAAGAACACGGAGCCAUUAGAUCAACAGUAUCCAAUUCCCUUAUGGGUUAUACUUGUUGGAUCUCUGUCGCCUCUUGGAAUAUUUUUCUUUAAUGAACUCGUGAAAAAACAGGAAAUAACAGCAAACAAACGAUUCCUGAGAAGAGCCAGGCUUGAUUUUGGUACGAAGCUUGGCAUGAAUUCACCUUUCUGAGUUAUUUAUUUUUAAUUAAACAUCUCAUAUUGUGUGCCACUUUUACUAAGGUACUCAAGGGUAUUAAGGUCUACCAUUUUAUUAACAUAUUAUGUAAGACAAUGUUUAUUUUGCGAUUUAUUUCUGAUUAAAUAUCCUGAUUAAAUAAAAUAAAUUUCUGAUAAAUACCCUGGGAUAAAACUAAUAGUAGGGAGGUCCGUAAUGAAACUAUUAGAGAGCAAUUUUGACUUCAAAUUCGAAAUCCACACCAUGUUGUUGAUGUCAAAUUUAAAAUUAAUGUUAAUAUUUGACAGUGUUAAAAAAAAUAUGAAAAAUUUGAAUAAGAGGAUUUGGUUGCUGGAAAACCGAAUCUAACCUUAGUUUUUGGCUUGGCUAUAUAGGCCACUAGUUCGUUCCAAACUACUGCAAAAGUCAACUCUGGUUUAAUUUGAAUAAGAUAGUUUAAAUUUCAGAUUAUGGUUUCAGACAUAUGUUAUUGUAUUCUUUAUACAGGGUGUCUACCAUAAAAACUGCUAAACUUUAAGAGGUGAUUAAAUAAGUCAUUUGCAACAAAAAAGUCGUAUAACAGUUUUUCAAAAAGUUGUUAGUUCUUCUGGUAUUUAACAUUUUUUGAUUUUAUCAAAUUUAUUUGUUUUUUUUU